GUUAAUAAAAGUCAAUACACACUUUUGCGAGCCAUGGCUGAGAUGGGCGUGGCGGAUUCCAAGCUCUGUCCUUACCUCUUGGACUCGGCCAUGUCGUCUACUUCUUCGGGUACUGGGCCAUCGCUCAUUCUCGCCCCGUCUGUGCGCACAGAAGUUGUGACGACGACCACGGUGACGACCACGUCUUAUGCCCCAAUUUCGCUCCCGCCAUUGCCUACUCCUCCCGUUCCAACAGAUCCAAAGCAAUACCCGCUUCUCUAUGCGCGUUUUCCAAAAUCUCUCUCCGAAUUCAACAUCGUCUUUCCAGAUGGCGCUCAAGCCACUUUCAAGAAUGGUCCACCCCUCGCUCCGUACGGCUCGACGGACAGUGAACCGAGAUAUCACGCAGAGGAGCAAGAGGAGGAGAUUGUUUCGGGGAACGGAUGGAAAAUGUUGAGAAAGGAUGAGAUUCCAGAGGGUCAGCAAGUCGACAUCGCUACCGCUAUUGAACGUUUCAAUCAGAGAAAGCGUGGAUUCGCGAGUAUGGACGCAAUGGACGGCGUCGAAAUGGACGUUCAUCGUCCAAGGCCCCGCGCAAGUCUACGAGCCCAUACGGAAAUGGGUAUGCGUGGGCCAUCAGGCUCCACGACCAGUGCCGCUGCACCUCCUUCACCUCUACCGUCUCCAACUGGCUCACCUGCUCCUUCUUUUUUGACUAGCCACCCACCUCCCCUACCGACUCCUGUGGAAAAUAAGAGUGCCGGUCACCCCGCCGGACCGCUACAACCAGAUGUGCAGCUAACGACCCUGAUGACACUCCCCACUCUGCUUACCCAUUUUACGGCCCUGCCGCCUAACUUACAAACUCACGUUAUCCUCACUUUACUUCGCCAAUCUCCCCUCCAGGUCCUUCGAAAUGUAAACUCAGUUUUGGCACCCACUCUUUCACGGGACUUCCUAACUCAGCUCCCGGCUGAGCUCGUCUCGAUCAUUCUCAGUUUCCUUCCCGGGAAAACCUUGGCACGUUGUACCCGUGUUUCCAAAUCGUGGCGAGCCAUUAUCGAUUCUGACCCAAUUCUAUGGCGGGAACUGCUCAGGACCACUGGGAGUUGGUUUGGCGGUGGCCCCGAACGCGCCUUUGCAAGGACGCUAAUGAAUAGGAGAGCGGCCAACCAUAUUCAUCCGUCGCUGGACCUUCCUCAUCCGUUCAAAGUACUCUACAAGUCCCGUCAACUCACCCGCACUCAAUGGGCGUCGAAUCAAAACCCCAAGCGUGUCUCCUUUGCCGCCCACGGCUCGUCGGUCGUCACUUGUCUCUUGUUUUCCCAUGGACGUAUCAUAUCUGCAUCAGAUGAUCACUCCAUUCAUGUGUACAACCCUUUGACCGGUCAGCUCGUCAAGUCCCUGGAGGGCCAUGGCGGUGGUGUCUGGGCCUUGGCGGCUUCGAAGAAUACGCUCGUCAGUGGCUCGACGGACCGUACCGUCAGGAUAUGGGAUCUCGAGCGAGGUCGGUGCACCCAUGUCUUUGGAGGACACAAGAGUACGGUCAGGUGUCUCGCCAUUGUGAAACCGGAAAUGUUGGACAUGGAGACCGAAGAAGGGGUUUUCCGUAAGGAAAGGUGGCCGAAGCGUACCCUUAUUGUCACUGGUAGCAGAGACCAUACAUUAAGGGUGUGGAAACUCCCCAAGGCGCACGAGCCGCCAUUCUUCUUCAUGCAGGAAGAAGAGGGCCCCGAUCACGUCGAGGUUGCAGAUCAUAAUCCUUAUCAUCUUCGUUUAUUAUCUGGUCACGGAAGCGCAGUACGGGCACUGGCUGCUCGUGGUAGGACUCUUGUCUCUGGAAGCUAUGACCAUACCGUGCGCGUAUGGGAUAUCAUCUCUGGCGUCUGCCGAUGGGUGCUCUCUG